AUGGCGACAGUUUUUAAACUAGCAAAGGCGCAAAAGGAUACUAACACUGACAACUCUCAAGAUCAAAAAGAGAAGAAAUCCAUUAAGAAUAGACAAAGGGUCCUUGCAUUGGCUUCUAGAGGAAUAAAUCACAGACAAAGACACCUUUUGAAUGAUUUAAGUGCCUUGUUGCCCCAUUUUAAGAAAGAUUCGAAACUUGACCAAAAAUUCAAACUUGGGAUCAUUAAUGAGCUAGCCGAACUUAAUAAUUGCAAUAAUUGUAUCUUCUUCGAAGUACGCAGGCGUCAAGAUCUCUACCUGUGGGCAAGCAAAACCCCUAAUGGACCCAGCGUCAAGUUUCACGUGCAAAAUGUUCACACAAUGGAUGAACUUAAAAUGACUGGGAAUUGCCUGAAGGGUUCGCGUCCGAUUCUUUCAUUUGACAAGACAUUUGAUUCGGAACCUCAUUGGGCACUAAUAAAAGAAGUCUUUAUACACAUUUUUGGCGUCCCCAAGAACGCUCGUCGAGUAAAGCCUUUCAUUGAUCAUGUAAUUUCUUUUACUAUAUCUGACAACCGAAUUUGGUUCCGAAAUUAUCAGAUUGCCGAAAAAGAUCCGACGACGACUAUCAAAAAAGAUAGUAAGGACAAGGACAUCUCGCUUGUUGAGAUUGGUCCACGGUUUGUCCUAAAUGUAAUCCGAAUAUUUGAAGGGAGUUUCUGUGGUGCGACUGUUUAUGCCAAUCCGGAAUUCGUUACCCCAAACCAAGUCCGACGCAACAUCCGUCUGGAGAAGUCCGACCGAUAUAAAGCAAGAAUGUUGGCGCAAAAUGAAAGGAGGAUUAAAAUAGCGAAUAAUGAAUUACCUGAUGAUUCCCAAAGUGAAUAA